UCUCUCGUUAAUGUAACACAUAAUCAUUAUUAUGACAAUAUAGAAAAGUCACAACACUAUGCUAUACAGCAUGUCGGCCUUUCUCGUCUCAUUAGCUUUGCUAAGUUUAUCCGUCGUUCUCAUAAAGAUAUGGCAUCAUCAUACCAAAAAGGCAAGCAUCGUCGUGACGUUUACUAUAACGAGUUCAAAUAUUGAUAAAGUGACACAGCAAAUCGACAAGUUACCUCAUGAAAACGAUGAUAAAAUUCGCCAACCUGGGCCUGAUGUCAAACCUCUCGACAAGUUCGAUUGGCAGACAACAGAGCCACAUAAGUUUCGACCAUUCAAGCCGAUCUAUCAUAUAACGAUGGCACUCAAGUCAACAUCUCCGUCAGAUCUCAUAAUUAUCGAUCGUAAUUAUUUGUCACGCAUACAAGAGCGACAAGUCACAAUGACCAAACAUCAAAACCACACGCUGGGCUGUCUGCCUUCCGGUAUUCAGGCCGUGAGGGAAACAUAUUCAUAUCUUCUAGAUUACCUCCUAACUAGAUAUCCGACGCUCUUCGAACGGGAUGGGAAACUCUUCCAUAAUCGGGUUACUGGUGCUUCCCUUCCGCUUCUGCCCCCUGAUGACCCGGUAGUUGCGUUACGAAGCCUUGGUGAAACCGUUGAAGAUGACAUGUUCUUUCUACGCGAGACACCAGAUGGGCAUGAAUGUGUUGGCUUCGUAUGCUGCUGUCCAAGUGGCUUCGAUCCAGCCAGUAAGAUAGGAAAGCUACUGAAGGAUAUACAUGAACCAGUUCCGUCAUACGAAAAGAUUGGUUUGAGUAUGGAAAGAUAUUUUAGCCGUUUAGAAGUUGGGAAAAGCGUUUGCCGGGUCAAUUGGUCAAUAACAACUAAUUCUGAGUUAUUCAAUGUUUCUGGUAAUCACGUCAACGAAGGAGACCAAGUUGAAGAAGAUAUUGAAGUGGACAUCGAAGAGACUCGGGUAAGAAUGGAGUUACAAACGUUGACGCGGAUGCCCAAGACGCGAGCGAUACUUUUCUCCUUUAAGACGUAUUUGUACCCUAUCAAAGAGAUCAAGGAAGAGGGGCUUGGACCAGAUCUUGCUGAUGCUAUCCAUGGAUUGAAGAACGGUAAUGCUCCAGGAAUGUGGACUUAUAAAGGAGGGGUACGUUGGGGGAGGAGUGUUUCUGAAUAUUUGAGAUCGUAAUCUUUGAGGGUUAUAGGUGUAAGUGAAUUCUGGUUGUAUGUGAGCUAGAAGAGAAGAAUAGGGGCUUUGUAGGCUAGGUACACUCAGCUCCAAUGAACGGUUGGCCAUGUGAGAUAGGCUAGCGGGCUAGGUACCUCAUGUACCUAAAGCAAGACCAAUACAUAGGUGACAGGCAGUAUCGAUAAGGUUAUUUAAGGGGCCGCUAGGGCCGCUAAGGCCGCUAAUACCCCGGUG